AUGCCCAGAAUUGGCGCGUCACCCUUGAAGAUCUUGAAGAUAGCUGGGACCAUGGUAUUCCUCAUAUCAACACCCUCUUCCAAAAGGAUCGCCAUACAUUGGCAUAUGACCGAGGUUGGCAUGGGCGGUGUUGAGGGUAUCUUGGAGCACAUGCUCUUUAAAGGAACUUAUUUCCCUACCUGGGAGGGUCUCUUCUGGGAGAAAGUGUCUGGAUUCGAAGAGUCUAUGCGAUACAAGAAACUUACCAAUGCCCAGAGGUCAGGUCUUAACCAGAUCCCUAACCGUCGAUUCACGCUUUGGUGGAGUCCGACCAUCAACCGCGCCAACAUCUAUGUCGGUUUCCAGGUCCAGCUUGAUCUGACGGGUAUUUUCAUGCACAGCAAGAUUCCCACCCUCAAGAUCUUGCUGAUUCAGAUCUUCCGUGCGCACUUGUGGCAGAAGAUUCACAAAAGUGUAGUCAUGGACUUGUGUCAGGUCUUUGAUCAGGAGCUAGAGCCUCUCCAGAUUGAGACAGUACAGAAGGAGACUAUUCACCCUCCCUACAAAUGGAAUAUCUCUUGGCCUUCAUUGAUUUCCGGAUCUGACCGGCUUCUAUCUAUGUUCGGAUCUGACCCGCGUCUAACUUCCAUGCCUAAUCCCUUUAACAAGGACAUUUUGGAUGGCAUGACCAGCAACAAGUAUUGGAUUGACGUUCAGCUUCGGUGGGGUGACUUCGACACCCAUGAUAUCAAGUGGUGUACUCGUGCCAAGUUCUUGGACUACAUGUCCGACUCCAUGAGUAUCUACCCCUCACCAACUGGUGUUAUGAUCAGCAUGGAUCUAGCCUAUAACCUGUGGUCUGCAUAUGGCAACUGGUUCCCCGGUAUGAAGCCUCUGAUUCAGCAAGCCAUGGCCAAGAUCAUGAAGGCCAAUCUGGCAUGCCACGUCUUGCAUGAGCGUAUUCGCAAGGGUCUCCAGUUGUACUCUUCUGAGCCCACAGAGCCUUAUCUCAACAGCCAGAACUAUUCGGAAUUAUUUUCAAACCAGAUCAUUUGGUUUGUCGACGACACUAAUGUGUAUCGUGUCACUAUCCACAAGAUGUUCAAAGGUAACUUGAUGACUAAACCGAUUAACAGCGCCAUCUUUAUCUUCAACCCACGUUCUGGACAGUUGUUCCUGAAGAUCAUCCACACCAGUGUCUGGGCUGGCCAAAAGCAUCUCAGUCAACUCGCAAAGUGGAAGACUGCUGAAGAAGUGGCUGCAUUGGUUCGUUCACUGUCUGUUGAAGAACAGCCAAAGCAGGUCAUCAUCACUCACAAGGGCAUGUUGGACCCUCUCGAGGUUCAUUUACUUGAUUUCCCGAACAUAGUUAUCAAGGGAAGCUUGCAUGAAGAUGGAGAAGUUCAGUUCCUACGUGCCACACAACCUCAAAUGGUACUGUUCAGCUUGUACGACAACUGGCUCAAGUCGGUGUCCAGCUACACUGCCUUCUCUUGUCUUAUCCUCCUCCUUUGUGGCUUGCACGUCAACAAUGAGAAGGCGAAGAUUAUUUUGCACCUGGACAAGUCAACCAUUACAGAGCCUCACUUCAUCAAGGUUGAGGUCACAAUGAAGGAUCUUAUACUGGCAGAUUUCGGCAAGCGGAACAGCGUCAACAUCGUGUCCUUGACUGCGAGUGAAAUUUGUGACAUCAUUCUUGGUCAAGAGAUUGCCACUCCCUCUGUACAGCGCCAGCAGAUGGCUGAGCUUGAAAAGAGUAAUGAGGCGCAGGGUGUUACCGCUGUGCAAACUCAGACCACCAAUGUUCACGGUGAACAUCAUGACAACCAACUUCAGGUGUUUAGUAGCAAAUCUGAUUGGCGUGUCCGUGCCAUCUCUGCUACACAUCUUCCUCUCCAUCUCCAACAUAUCUAUGUCUCCAAUGAUGAUAUCAAGGACGACGCUGCUUCAUACACCCAUGUAUUGCUGAAGAACAUCCUGUGGGCAUUCAUCACUGCAGCAGAUCUUCGCACUCAGGUUGCGGCCUUCCUUAACAAUAGCGUUGAGCUGCCCAACCAGUUGCUGAGGGACAACUUCCUUCUCAAAGAUCUCGGACCUUCUGGGUGGGUCAAGACGCAAGCACUUGAACUCAGUCAUCUUUCUCCCACAGACAUCACCAUUCAAGCCAAGCUGAUGUCUGAAUCCAAGAUGCCUGUACCUGGUUUGGAUCCACAUUACGGCUGA